AUGAAGCUCUCGGCGUGUGUCACAGCAAUGGCGAUGGCCCUUGGUGUCACCCACGCAUGGACGUUCAAUGCGUCGAAUGUGACCUCACCCGAGGAGAUUGUGGAUAAACACCAAUCUCUACAGCGUAUUUGGACCAUCACCAGUUUUGCGCAGCUCCAGCAGCUGUACCUCGCGAUCCCUGGCCCUGUCUUCGUAGAGUUAGAUCCGUCAUUGUUGCCUCCGACAAAGGCAGAGGCUUCUACGUCGGAAGAUCCCGCUACUGGAGCCCUUGAAGUACCGGGUGUCGUCCCAGGCACGACUCCGGGUGUUGUCCCCGGUGUCAUCCCGGGCUCGGAGCCCGGAGUUGUACCGGGUACGGUCCCUCCUGCAUCAAAAGAUCCUGCUUCAGAAGAUCCUGCUACUAAAGUACCGGGUGUUGUCCCAGGCACGACUCCGGGUGUUGUCCCCGGUGUCAUCCCGGGCUCGGAGCCCGGAGUUGUACCGGGUACGGUCCCUCCUGCAUCAAAAGAUCCUGCUUCAGAAGAUCCUGCUACUAAAGUACCGGGUGUCGUCGCAGGCACGACUCCGGGUGUUGUCCCCGGUGUCAUUCCAGGCUCGGAGCCCGGAGUUGUACCGGGUACGGUUCCUCCUGCAUCAAAAGAUCCUGCUUUAGAAGAUCCUGCUACUAAAGUACCGGGUGUCGUCGCAGGCACGACUCCGGGUGUUGUCCCCGGUGUCAUCCCGGGCUCGGAGCCCGGAGCUGUACCGGGUACGGUUCCUCCUGCAUCAAAAGAUCCUGCUUUAGAAGAUCCUGCUACUAAAGUACCGGGUGUCGUCGCAGGCACGACUCCGGGCGUCGUCCCCGGUGUCAUUCCAGGCUCGGAGCCCGGAGUUGUACCGGGUACGGUUCCUCUUGCACCAGAAGAUCCUGCUUCGGAAGAUCCUGCUACUAAAAUAUCGGGUGUCGUUGCAGGCACGACUCCGGGUGUUGUCCCCGGUGUCAUUCCAGGCUCUGAGCCCGGAGUUGUACCGGGUGCGGUCUCACAGGAAUUGCUGUCCGGGUUGGGCAAUAGAUUAAAUGAUAAUACCGUAGCAGCAGGUGCAAUCGAGAUUUCGACUAUGAUGUUGCGCAAACAUCAUCGUCACCACGAAGAAGAGGAUAAAGAACAGUCACAAGGUGAAGAGACUAUUGUGGCCAAGAUCGUCAUUACAGGCGAUUCGUUGGAUUUAUUGAACAUGAUUGAAGCUGUGCCUCUGCACCCGCGUCGCAAUGACGGACUUAAGGUUCAUCUGAAGAACGAGAAGACGAAUGCUGAGGGAUAUGUGAUGACGCAAAUCUAUUUGUUUGAGAAGAAUUUGCUACGCCGUGUAACCACAGCCUUCUCGGGUGACGUGGUGCUGAACGAUGAUGUUGUGACACUUGAUGAUGCCGAGGCGGACAUCAAGUUCGCGUGCGUGGGCGAUGGCAAUUUGUACCUGAAGUCUGGAUCAAACGCGACCUUAAACUCGUUGGAGAUUGAAGUGACGGGUGAUGGCCUGGUACAGUUAGAGGUUCCCUCAGUAAACCUCGAUGCUAUACUAGACGUGGAAGUCGCGGGCAGUGGUUCUGUUGCGUUGGUUACAGACGCUCUGUUGGCUGAUGAGAUUAAGUCCACGCUUUCUGGCUCGGGUAACGUUGUCAUGGACACGCAAAACCUGACAGCCCAAAAGCUUGAGGCAUCGGUCUACGGAUCUGGCGUUGCGAGUAUUGCUACGGCGGGAUCUGUCGACAAGGAAUCUCUGAAUCUGUCUGGCUCUGGCCAGCUACUUGCUGGAUCGAUUGUGGCAGCCACUUCGAAUGUCGACGUUUGGGGUAAAGGAGAAGUGCUUGUACAGGUGACUGACAAGCUUACGGUGUCUACGUCGGUGUGGGGUAAGGUGGGCUACGUGAACGCGCCGCCAACGGACGUCAAGAUCAAGGGCUGGUGGUUCUGGCGUGAUGCCAACACCAUCGUGUACCCGGCAGCGGUGAACAAGGUGGCGAUCUACGAGCCGGUGGCUGUCCCGGCUAAACUCCCGGCAUACUACACCGUCGAGACAUCAAAGUCGGCGCUAUCGGACGAUCCGGACUACGCCUUCGUGUCGGCUAAGCAGUCCAACGUGACGGAACUGAUGACCACGUCGCUGUCGAACGUGCAGCAGACUGACGCGACUUCGACUACCUCGCACGGCCUCUUCUACGCGUUCAUCGGUGUGGGCAUUGUGGCGGUGAAUGUGGUGGCUGCUCGUUCGUGGGCUGAGCGCCGCGAUCGUGGCCACUACACGCGUCUCCUGUAG